AUGAGGGUAGAGGGUUCUACUAUACUGCAGCAAGAGCAGAUACUACAGCAGCAGCACCAACAACAGCAGCAGCACCAACUGCAGCAAGAGCAGCUACCGGAAGAGCAGCUACUGCAGCAUGAGCAGCAGCAACAACAACAGCAGCAGCAGCAGCAACUGCAGCAAGAGCAGCGACAGCAGCAAAAGCAGCUACUGGAAGAGCAGCUACUGCAGCAUGAGCAGCAGCAGCAGCAGCAGCAGCAGCAGCAACAGCAGCAGCAGCAGCAGCAGCAAGAGCACCUUGAGGUAGAGGGGAUCCUUUGA